UGGUUUGGCGUCGGCCUGUGUUUGGGUGCGCUGCGCUGCGCUGCGAGAGUAGGUCCCGGAGUCGGUGCAUGGUUUGGUUUCAUGGUCGCCGUUGUGGUGAUUGAGGUGGCGGGGUUGAGAGGGAGGCCGUGGAGCUGUGCAGUGUCGGUGAUCUCUCCCCCAGGUGACCAUGGCCAUCAGUCAGUUACGCUCACUCAGAGUGUGUACAUGUUUAGCGUGGCUGCUGUCCCUGUUCAAGAGGCUCAUCUGCAGGUAUUGUCUGGAAGGGGUAGGAAAUUGAGUGGCGAUCAAAUAACCUUACCAACAACAGUUGAUUAUCCAUCUGUUCCAAAGCAGCCUGAGGUCGAAGAUUGGAGUUCCUGGGAUGAAGACGGUCCAACAAGUAUUAAAAUUGAGGGAGGCAAUGGUAAUAUAGCAACACAACAAAAUGGCACGGGAGAGCCUGAAGAGCCUGAUUACUUUAAAGAUAUGACACCAACCAUACGAAAACCUCAAAAAAUUAUUAUUAAGAAAAAAGAGCCGUUAAAUUUUGGAAUGCAAGAUGGUAAUGUAGGAUUUUCCAGUAGACUAGCAGCUACACAGGACAUCCCAUUCAAUCAACCAUCACCUGAGCUGGGGGAUUUUGAGACUUGGCAGGAAAAUACUAAUGCCUGGGAAGAGGAGGGUGAUGCCACCUGGGAGGCAGAGGAAGUGCUGAGGCAGCAGAAACUUGCAGAGAGGGAGAAGAGGUCAGCUGAGCAACAAAAGAAGAAGAUGGAGAAGGAUGCACAAAGAUUACUGAGAAAAGAACAGAAUAAAAUUGCUGUUAAACUUUCAUAACUGUGAGCGAUGUAUGGACCUGUCACUGUCAGCAAAGGAGCAAGUCGUAUUUCCCUCCCAUGGCCAACGAUGAUCAGUACACUUCAAUGAAGAACAUUUUUAUAAGUAAUUUCUACUGAUGUGCAUUUGACCAUUUUAGCUCAACUCACCAUCUGAUGCUCAGAAAACUUCAUGGAUUACUGGAAAUCAUUGGGUUAGAUAGAAGAUUUUACAGUAUAUAUAUACAGUAUGUUCUCAGCUAUCCAAUCAGUGCAUUGUUGAGUACAGUACUUCAUUGCACCAGUUCCUGAUCACCUUAAUAGGUUACUUCCUGGAGUUCUUUUCUGAUUCUUCAGGUUGAAUAUAGGAAUAUUUAUAGCUUGAUGGACAUAAUUUAUCUGUGUGUAAAAUAUAUUUUAUUUGGAAUUAUAUUUAAUCACCAAUGUAUGCUGGUUUGUUCCUUUGUGUCUGGAUUUAUCAGUUUUCCAUCUGUUCUAUUACACCAGGCAUUGAAAUAUUACCAAUGAAAUCAAUGAAUUAUCAAAACAUGAGGUUUUGUGCUGUAUAUAUUCCUUUUAAUGGGUUAUUGAGAAUAAUAAAUUUAAAAGAAGUUACUAAAUGCAUUUGUAUAUAUCAAGUAAAUUGUCUACUCUGGAGUAAUUGGCUGCAGCUAAAUAGAGAAAUGUCACUGAAACUCUUUAGUUUUAAAUUCUUAACCUUUUGAUAUUCUGGAUGUUAACAGUUUUGGUUGAGAUUACUAAUUCAAGUACAAGUUCUGCAGGAAGCAAUGAAGCUUGUAUCAAAAGUCAUAGAAAAUGGUCUUUGUCACAGCAUUGUAAAAUUUGAAACAUUAUGUAGUUUACAACUCUGCAGCAUUUGCCAUACUUGUGUCUUUUGGAAACCAGCCAAGUCAGUUUUUUAAAAAAUUAAACGGUUUUGCUUAUUCCCUUUGGUUAUUUUCAGAUGAUGUCUUAAAUGAAGAUGGCAGUUGUUCUGCUGUAAGUUGAUGCAUAUUUGUAGUUUGAUUUCUAUAAUUCAUAACUGAGAACAUUAUUAUUGUCUGAAAUAAGACAAACCUAAGCUUUCUCUACUAAUACUUUAAUGCUACUCCUCCCCAUCUAUUUUCAAAUGUUUCAAUUUAAACAUACUUAUUGGAUUGUUAAAAUACACUUGGUUUGCAUAUGACUUUUCAAAAUUAAGGUGCUUCCAACUUUGGGUCCAUUUUCCAAAAUGAGUGCAUAUUUAUUGUUGGUCACCCAAGGCUGUUCUUAUUCUGUGCACUUCAUUUUAGGGUAACUUUCCAAAAUAAAAUGAAGAGUUACAUUUGGCAUUUCUGUUAGUAUGCUAAACAUAGCAACAUGCAUCAUCAUGAUAAAAAGCUGAUGGUAGCUUUUAAAUGAUCCAUGCAAUAUCUCUUGUGGUUGGGUGCAUGUUUCAGUCUGUGCACCGUAUAUCUUGCAAUUGAGCAUUUUGCAGUAACAUUUUCUUUCUGAUUCAGUGCUUCUCAAAAUUGUUAUUACUUCAAACAAAUUUGGUGAAAGUAACGCUGAAUCCAGUAAACAAUCCCCAACAUCUGAAAUUAUUUCAACAGCUUUGGUUUUGGCAUUGAACAGUAAAGUGAGAUCUUGAGUGGCCAUAUCCGAUGUCUUCGCAGGUCGACUUGACGAAUAAUUUGAAUUCUUACAAGCUGAUAAUCAUUGCCUCUUUGAAGUGUAAUUCUUUCUUUGAGCAUCUGUAAGUUUGUUUCUUGCCACUGCUUUACUUCUUUUCAGCAACCUUUACACUAAGCAAUGUAAAUUGUAUAAAUUUUCCUGCCUGUACAAUACCCAUGUUUAAAUCUAUUGCACAGUACAUUGUACAGUAUUAAAAGGGUCGUUGAAAACUCA